CCGAAGGAACACAAACGCGGCUUCAAAGCGGAAACAGAACGGAGCUGCGAGCCUGCGAUAUAUCAGCUCGCUCAAUGCGGCAGCCCCCGCCCUUUUUCCAACAACCUUCCCCUUCCCCCACCGGCCCACCCCUUCCUCAACGGACUCCACGACUUCAUCUCCUCUUCCUCUUCCCCGCGCGCGGCCUCCCCGUGCAACCACCCCGCGCCACGCCCGUCGCCAGCCACGAACGGCGUAAACCCUAGGCUCCCAGCGCAGGGCGCAACACAACCAGCGCCGAGGCAACAGAGGCAGCAGCAGCUAGCGGAAAGAAGGUUUCGACCAUGCGGCGGUCGGAGUGGGAGGACCGGUGCAAGCGGCACCCGGAGCACCGGGUGUCCAAGGGCGUCUGCCCCUACUGCCUCCGCGACCGCCUCGCGCACCUCUCGGCCUCCUCGUCCGCGACCACCACCACGCGCGCCUCCUCCUCCUCGGCGACCACUUCCCCGUACUCCUCCGGCGGCGGCUGCUCCCCGCCGCCGCACCACGCCGCGCUCUCGGCCGACGUCAGCUCGGUCCACGUCGUCGGCGGCGCGGCCUCCGACGGCGCCUCCUUCGUCAACGUCGCCGCCUUCUCGCAGCCGCUGAUGCCAACAGCUGCCAGGAAGCAGGCCGCAGGGAGGCAAGAAUCGGCGAAGGGGAGUAAUAAUAAGGGGGAGGUGAAGACGAAGAAGAAAAGCGGCAAGAAGAAGAAGAUCGGCAGGUUCCUGUCGAGGCUCGUCGGGGCGGAGAAGCGGCGGCAGCCCGGCGACGGCGACGGCGGCGAGCUCUUCCACUCCAAGACCAUGAAGGAGAAGACGGCGUCCAAGUGGGUAUUCUUCUGAAAUUCAUUCUCUCGUCAGACAACGACACCAUGCACGCACGCUUGGGCCGGUUUCAUCGAUCCAUCGGCUCUUCAUCGCUAGCUAGCUCCUUCGAUCACUCCCCGGUACAUAUUUUUUUCAAGUACUUUUUGUGCUUGAUCUGGAGUUUUUGCAUGGUUUCAUAAUUGGGUUGUGUACAAGAGAUUAUUAAGCCAAAAUUAUUGAUCAUUUUGUACUGUUUGGGGAAAUUGUGUAUGCUUAAUUUGUAAAAUUGGAAGAAGAAAAAUAACAACGAGUUAUGUUCCAGUAUCCAGUAGUGCUUGAUUUGUAUAGUUGGUGUCCUGAGAAAUUUUUUGGAUUGGCAAAGGA